AUGCCUUUCACACUCUUUUCAAAGACAAAAACCCCUGCGAGUUGUGAAAAUCACCAGCAGAAUCAGAAUGGACCCGAAACCUCGGAGUCAGAGCAGACUCUCACCCCCUUGGACGGCGAUGCGCCGUCUGACCCCGAUGGCUUCGACAUCGAUGUCGAGAAGCUCGGACGACAGCGUCCUGAUAUCCUCCCGUCCGCCAUCGCAGAGUUCGCCUUUUGCUUCUCUAUCCUCUGGUCUAUGAUCAUGGCUGAAUACUUCAUCAGCGGAUCGCACAUCAUCCUCCCCACCCUCGCCACAGAUCUAAACAUCCCCGCAACCUCCCACACAUGGAUAUCUAGCGUCCUGACCCUCGCAGCCGGCGCCUCUCUCUUCCCACUAGGCCGCGCCGCCGACAUGUACGGCGGCUACAUCGUCCUCAACGCCGGCAUGUUCUGGUUCUCCGCCUGGUCCCUCGCCGCCGGCUUCGCCCCAAACUACAUUUCCUUCAUCAUCUUUCGCGCCAUGCAAGGGCUCGGUGCCUCUGCCUUCCUGCCUACGGGAAUCAUGCUUCUGGGGAAAGUCUACCGACCGGGGCCGAGGAAGAAUUUCGUGUUUAGCAUGUAUGGCGCCAUUGCGCCCUUGGGCUUCUUCUUCGGCUUGCUCGUCGGUGGCGUUACGGGCGAGAAGAUUAAUUGGCGGUGGUUCUUCUACUUGGGAUCUGCUAUGGGAUUCCUCGCUAGUUUUGUGUCGCUGUUUGCUAUUCCGAGGGAUUGGAAAGCCGCGAGGGAGAUGGGCAUUCGCAUGGAUUGGUGGGGGACCGCGACUAUCUGUCCCGGUCUUAUCCUCGUCGUCUUUGCUAUUACGCAGAGCUCUGGUGCGCCGAACGGCUGGGCCACGCCAUAUAUCUAUACAACCACGAUAUUGGGAGUUCUCUUCCUCGCUGCCGGCGUAUACGUUGAGCGGAAUGUGUCCGAGGAUCCCUUCCUCCCCGCCGAGAUCUUUAAGCCGAAGUAUAUGAAGGCCAUGCUCUUCUGCCUAUUCCUCGCUUACGGUGUCUUUGGAAUUUACCUCUUUUACACGAACUUCUACAUCGAACUCGUCCUAGAAGUGUCCCCCUUCAUGACCGCAGUCUGGUACACCCCCUGGGCCGUCAGCGGCAUGCUCUUCGCCGCCACUUCCGGCCUCCUCCUGCACCUAAUCCCCAACCGCAUCCUCCUCAUCAUCUCCUCCCUCUGCAGCAUCGCCGCCUGCCUCUUCUUCGCCCUCAUGCCCCCCCGCGACUCCCCCUCCUUCUCCUACUGGGCCUACGUCUUCCCCGCCAUGGUCGCCGAAACCGCCUUCAUCGACAUCCUCUACACCCUCUCCAACGUCUUCAUCACCACGCGCUUGCCGCGCCGACACCUCGGGCUCGCCGGCGCAUUGAUCAACUGCACACUGUACAUCGGCAUGUGCUUCUUCUUGGGCGUCGCUGAGGUGGCGGUUGCUGCUACGGCUGAUAGGGGACUGAGGGGGAGUUAUCAGGUGGCGUUUUGGAUUGCGGUUGGGUUUGGGUGUGUUACGGUUUUGGUGUUUGCGUUUAUGGAUAUUGGGGAGGCGAAGAGUGAUCUUACGGAGGACGAGAAGAGGGCGAGGAGGGAGGCGGAGGCUGGGUCGGAGAGUAAUGAAGGGGGGAGUAAUGAGGGAGAGAGGAAGGCUGAAUCUUAA